AUGUUGCGAGAAGUAGACGGUUUUGUGUUCGUGACGCUUGAUGGCAGGGUGGGGCAGGUCCGAAAAGACGAGCCACUAUACCUCAGCGACAUCAGCGACUACGUUGACAGCAGAGCCGACGAUCUAUGGCCGCUUAACAAGACAGUCCACGACAAUCCUGAGCUCGGCUUCAAGGAGAUCAUUGCGCACGCAGCUCUCACCAAGUUCUUUAAAGAACAAGAAGGAUGGAAAGUCACACCUUCGGCGUAUGGCAUGGCCACAGCUUGGGUUGCGGUUUGGGACAGCGGCAAGAAGGGCCCUGUCAUCUCCUAUAAUGUAGAGAUGGAUUCUCUGGAAGGGAUUGGCCAUGCAUGUGGCCAUAACCUCAUCAUGACUGCAUCUGUAGCUGGUGGGCUGGCGACCGCUGAAAUGAUGAGUCUCCAUCAUCUCGGUGGAAAGGUUGUCGUUUUCGGAACCCCUGCAGAAGAAGGCGGUGGUGGUAAAAUUAAGUUGCUCGAGGCUGGAGCCUACAAAGAUUAUGGUGUGGACGUCAACCUUAUCUCUCAUCCGGGCAUCACAGGAAAUAAUGCUAUGAUGAGGACCUCGGCUUACACCAUGAUUCACGUUGAGUACUUUGGGCGUGAGGCUCACGCAGCUGCAAGCCCUUGGCUAGGCAUCAACGCUUUGGAUGCCAUGGUCACGGCAUACAAUGCCAUAUCUGUCCUCCGGCAGCAAUGCAUGCCAGGCGAUGUCAUCCAGGGGCAUAUCACUAAUGGAGGAGUUCGGCCAAAUAUCAUACAUGCCUACACCGCUGGCAAUUGGGUGAUCCGCGCCAACACACAGGCUCGACUGGAAGAGUUGAAGAAGAAGGUCACAUCAUGCUUCGAGGCCGGUUCGACUGCUACAGGGGCGAAACUGAAGAUAACUCCUAAAGGGUCCUACGCAGAUCAUGUGCCAAAUCGUGCCAUGUCUGCAUCGUAUACCAAGUACUUUAAUGAACUUUCACCUUCGAGUCUGAUACCGAUCGACCAGGAUGUUGACGCUAUACAGGGGCGCACGAUGGCCAGUACUGACCAGGGAGAUAUCAGCUACGCUAUGCCAAGUCUGAGUCCAUCCUUCGCAAUCGCUCCGGGCCCCGGUGGGAAUGGGCCACACAACCCUGAGUUUGCCGAGGCAGCGGGUACCAGGGAUGCGUUCGAAAGAGCACUGCGGGUUGGCAAGGGCUUAGCUGGCGCUGCGGUUGAUAUUCUGAGCACCGAAGGGCUGCUAGCAACCAUCAAAGACGAGUGGAAGGAGGAUAUCAAGGGUAAUGCCAUGUGA